AUGGAGAAAAAAGUUGUGGCUGUGUGUUACGUUGUGGGCUUCUUAGGGCUCUUAUCAGCUGCAACUGCCUUUGCUGCUGAAGCAACAAGGAUCAGGGGUUAUCAAAUUCAGUUUAUCUCGCCAAAUCAGUGCAUGUAUCCUCGAAGUCCAGCUCUACCGCUUGGUUUAACUGCGGCGCUGUCUCUUAUGAUUUCUCAAAUUCUCGUAAAUCUUUCAACUGGAUGCAUUUGUUGCAGAAGAAAUUUGCGAAUCCCUGAUGCCAGUUGGACGGUGGCACUAGCCUGCUUUGUUUUAUCCUGGCAGUAA